AUCCAUCAUGAUGAUAGUGAUUCGGAUGGAAGAGGAGGUCUUCUUUCCUAUCUUUUAUUUUCUUUUGUUCUAUAUUCUCUUUCAAAAUAUAUAUACACGAUAUUUAUUUAUACAUAGCCUACUACAACCCACUCCACAAGAAGCAUUUCUGUUGUUUUUACGUUUCCCAAAUCGAGCAAGUGCAACAACAACAAUCAGCGUCAUUUGCAUGAAAAAGAAAAAAGAUGACAAGCUGUCCGUUAUAUCUCUCUUUCUCUCUUUACUUUUAGUAAUCCUUCUUGAAGCAAUAUGCGUUUUAUAUCUCGAACAAAAGUCGAAAACAUCCUCAGUCUAACAUUGAAUGGAAUCAAUGUUUCCUUCUGUCUUCUUGUCAUUGCUGGGUGCAUCUACAAAUCAAUACAGUCUGGGUUCUCCGAGAUAGUAAUAUGCAUUUAUGGAGGUAUCAUAGCAGCACUACUGGUGGUCAAUGAAGUCAAAGCUAGUGAGAUUUCAUUAACAUAUGCCUAUUUCCUGGCUACUUACCGUGGUCGAAGCAUGGUCUUUAUCUUCUUUGGAUGCCUUGUUCUCGAUACAGCCGUCCUGAAUAUCGUGGCUGGAACUUUAAACUUGGCACUGGGCCUGGUGUACAUGGUCAUGUCAUUUAUCAUUCCAUCAUUUCCACCUCCUAAUCCCAUAUCAAUCAACUGGCAAAAUUGGAAAGACUUUUCAGCUGAAGGACUGGAUUUGGCAAGGCCAAAACAUGUUUCUGUCGAGAGUCACGUAGCCAUCCGACUGAAAUCACCUCCGCCCCCACAACCACCCCAACAUCAUAAUAACAUUCCCGAUGAUGAUGCCACUAGCAGUAGCACCACGGUCGGUCCGUUCCGAAACCCGUAUUAAUCCGUUAUUUCCUCCAGUUCUUCCGCAAGAAUAAGAACGCUGAAAUUUGUUGUUGAGUGUGUAUAUAUUAGAAAGAAAAGAGAAUAAAAGAACAAAACUUGUAGAAAUACAAAAAUAGGGUGAUGCGGGAAUAUACAUAGAUAGAUGAGGGAUGUUAUAGAAGGAGGACUGU